AUCACGGACGGCCAUCGCUAUGCCUCUGUCCCUAUAAUAGCAGGAGUCGCUGCACCGCCCUGACCCUCCUCGGGACCUCCGUCUGGCCGGCGUCCCAGGUCGACUAACUGCUGCAGUACAUACCAGCGGACCCCUCAGGCCACUCGGAUCUAAACACAGCUCGGACUCGGACACACUAGGACGCGCGGGUACAAGGCACGCCGCGGCGGUCGGCUAACGCGAGAUGGACCACGACCAGGAGCACCUCCAACCGGACAGCCCGCUCAUGACGAUGUCCCACUCGUUCUUGCACGAUGAGAUGCUCAAGCUGUCUAUCCCCGGCCCGAGCCGCGACCCGACGUACUACAUUGGCGAUGGGAACACGGUGCUGUUGGUGGACAAUACGUUGUUCAAGGUCCACCGGUCGAUCCUGAUGAAAGACAAGUCCGCCUUUGAGACGAUGUUCCAGCUGUCGGCAGAGACCGACUCGGCGCGCUCGGACUCCAGCAUGACCGUAACGGAAGGGGAAAGCGAUGACAACCCCAUACGAUUGCAAGGGGACACCGCAGACGAGUUCCGCGCGCUGCUAUGGGCAUUAUACGCAUUGCCACAUGAGCUCAUGUCAGCUACGACCUCCGACGCGAACUGCACAUUACUCGUGAACCUCGCGCGCGUCGCGCACAAGUAUCAAUUCCGCUCCGUCGAGACCUGGGUGCUCAGCGCCGUGCACAACUUCUACUCCCGCCCAGGCGCGUUCGACCCCGUGCCGACCACAACUCCCCCGACACUCCCCCCUGCGGCCCCCGCGAGCGCACCGCCCUCGCUCGAGCAGCUCACGGAGCUCGCCGCACUCUGCGAGCGGGCGGACCUGCUCGACCUCGCGAUCGCACGGUGGAAGAAGCAGAUCGGCGAGGGGCGGGACCUCGCGCUCGCGAUCAACAUCGGCGAGCGGCUCAGCCUCCGGCCCAUCCUCGGGCUCGCGUACCACGCCAUGAUGCUCAAGGGCCGCGCGCACUGGGAGACGGAGUCGACGCUCGGCCGCGACCAGCGCAUCCGUCUGCUGAGCGGGUAUUAUGCGCUCACGAAGCUCUGGGACGCCCUGCCCGCGCAGCCGCCGCCGCUGUCGCACUCCGCGCGGUGCACGGGCAACCAGAGGUGCAACAAGGCGUUUGGGCAGCUGUGGAAGUACGUGCUGGAGAUGGGCACGGAGGUCCUGCCCGGACUGCAGAGGGAGGACGUGCUCACGAAGCUGCUGCUCGCGGAGAGCACGAUGAAGAUGCUGUUGGAGAACAACGGGCAUCUGUUGGUCGGCGCGGACGGCCUGCCCGCGUGCAAGGAGAGCGCGCUGGCGGUGACGGCGUUCAAGGUACGGGAGUUCAAGGAUUCGUUGACGGAUCACUUUAUGGACGACGUUUGUUGAUUCGGGCUGUGUGCUCUCUUGGUUAUUAUGCGAUGCCCUUUGGAUUGGUUAUCUCGUGAUGCCACCGCUACUACUAUAUGCUGACUCGUGCCAUGCCGAUUUCGUUCCGCCUCGUGUAGUAUACCACACUCUGUAGCAUGGCCUUUCUGUACUUGUACAUCAAUAAUAAGCAGCUUGACUGUUCACGCGUUCACGGACGCUGCCA